AUGACUUAUCAAAGACUAGUGAAGAUGGCAAGAAGCAAGAGACGACGCACUCGUAAAGGUUCACACUCCAUCGCUACCAUAAAAGCGCUUCCAAGAGACAUAUUAGUAGAUGUGAUUGCAAUUGUGGCUUCACACUCCUUCAUCGACCUUCACAACAUCAAAGUAUGUUGUAAAGAUUUUCUUGAUGCUACAGAUAAUAGCUACGUUUGGCGAAGAGUUUCUUUGGAUAAGUUUCCAUUAAUCCAUUGGUCUCCUAAUCAUAAAGCAUCACAAUUCUUGAAUCGUUGCAGAGAAUAUGAGAACAUUGAAAGCUUGUAUAGAGAAGGGUUGCGAGCAUAUUUUAAUUAUCCACAUGGUAAUAUUGAUGGUCUUGAUAUCUUGAAGGCGGCUUGUCAAAAGGGUCACAAGGAAGCAACGUAUGUGUACGGUAUGAUUUUGUUAUGCUCUGAAGAUGAUGCGUUGAGAAAACAAGGACUUGAGUACAUGCGUUUUCUAAGGAAGUCCAAGUGUGUUGUGGGCUCCAGAAAGAAAGUGAAACAUUUGUUGAAGUGUUUGUGGAAAAAUAAUGGAAUGCUGAAACGUAACCAAAGCUCCUUGUGUAACUCCAAGAGCACAUGCAAAGGGUACAAAGUGAAGAUGGGUCGAUGGGUAUUAUUAGAUGACGAUGAUGAUGAUGACGAUGCCAUUAGCUCGUGUGAAUAUUGUAGAUGGAAUCAUGAGUUGGAGUUUUUUUAUCAGUUGUUCAAUAUUCAUUAG